AUGGAAGAGUCUGAGCUUGAAGAAGGAGAAGCUUGCUCCUACAAUAUUACUAACGAUUAUAAUGGAAGCAUAGACCCUGAUAACGAUCUCUCUUACAUUGAUGAGAAGGUUCAAAACAUUCUUGGACACUUCCAGAAAGACUUCGAGGGAGAUUUUUCAGCUGACAAUCUUGGGGCGAAAUUUGGUGGCUAUGGCUCUUUCUUACCAACUUAUCAACGUUCCCCUAUUUGGUCUCAUCCAAAAACGCCAGCAAAACCUCAGAGUUCUGCUGGGACUAGAUCUCCGAACAUCUUACUAGCGGAGUCCCAGAGUGGUAAUGGUGCUUCGUCUAGUGUCCCUAAAAAGGUGAAAUCUGGGCUUGCUGCCUCUGGAAUCCCCAAGAAGUCAAUGAAAUCCAAGAAACCCAAUUCCAGUUCCAGACAGGAAUCUGCAACCAAGAAACCUGGUGUCUUCAGUAAACAGAACUCUCUGAAGCUUCGGAUAAAGAUGGGAUCAGAUAGUUUAUCUACAGAAAAGAAUGCUGCUGCGAUAUACAGUGGCCUCGGACUUGAUGUCUCGCCUUCUCUGUCAUUAGAUAAUAAUAGUCUUUCAGGUAGUGAAGAGAUGAAUGGGGAACCUCAAGGCUAUUCUCCGUUGGACUCUCCCACCAGUAUUCUUAAUGUAAUGACAUCCCUUCCUGUGGAUCAUAGCCAGUUGCUAUCUCCUCUCUCUGAUGAUCUGAUUCGGUUCCUCGAAAGGGAAAAACCCGAACCGUCGAGGGUUCUCAUUGAGAGCUCUUCUGCUACGGCGAACGGGUUGAAACCUCAGAAGGCUGGAGAGAAACCAUCAGUAGAGAAGAAAAGAAAGAUGGUGGAGAGCAACAACUUUUCCGCGGAGACAAAUGUUCGUAGUAAGAAGGGCCUGUUAGAUGGAACUGAUGCCACUGUCAGGGAGCCAACGGAAACAAACAAUAAAUUAUUUGAUACAUCCAAGGAAAACAACAAUGGCGCUGUUAGGGGGGAAAUGGGGAGUGAUGUUGAGAGACGACCGUGGGGUCUAACUCGUCAUAUAGAUCAUGAGAAUCCAAAGACUAGUUCAGCUGGAAGUGUUCGGGAAGAUAAACAGAUUAGAUUUGGUGAUGAUGAUGCUUCAGGAUACUCGAGGAAAGUUGGCAAAGACAAAGCAAGCAAAGCUUCCGAUUCAGUAAAAAAGGUGAAAAGUGGUCAUAAGGCUGAGCCAGAACAUUCUUCGAGAAAGCAGAAGUCUGAUCAGCUAGAACAGGAACCUCAGUCUUCAUCGAAGUUUAAGGAACAGAAAAGCUCUGCUGUUUAUGAGACAAAGAUGAAUGGUCAAGUGGAGAAGAAGGAAGUGGUAGCCCUGAAACCACAAAAUGAUGGCAAAAAAACUGAGGACACUUACAAAGACUUUUUUGGAGACAUUGAGGACUCUGAAGAAGAAGAGGAACAGAAUUAUUCGUUGGAAGCAAAAGGUCUCCCAAUGUCAGAAAAGAGACUUCCGGCCUUAGAAGAUAUGCCCGAGAAGUCAAGCUUCCCACUGGCAGAAUCUCAAAACGUUGGUCCUGGACCCAUAUUGAGCAAACUUCGUUCUGAUCCUUCUCUUCCGAAAGCAAAUCCCGUGAUCAUACAAGAACAUUGGGUUGCUUGUGACAAGUGUGGAAAGUGGCGACUUCUUCCUUUUGGCGUCUUCCCAGAAGACCUUCCUGAGAAAUGGAUGUGCACAAUGCUUAAUUGGCUGCCUGGAGUGAACUAUUGCAGUGUUCCUGAAGAUGAAACAACGAAAGCUCUGUAUGCAAUGUAUCAGAUCCCUGCCCCUGAGACUCAAGCUCCAAUGCAGAGUAAUCUCGGUGGCCCUAAGCCUCAGUUUAAUCAGGGAGAUGACAACACAAAAAAGAAGAAGAAGGGUUUUAAAAAGAUAGACAAUGAAAUGGAUAAAGAAGCUUCUCGGAGUGCUGAAACUAACAAGAAGACCAUCCAAACAUCAUCCAGAAACGGAAUUAUACAAAAUUCGCAUGGACUUAGUGACUCGACUGACGGAGAUAGGCAGAAACAGAAACAGAAAGAGAGAGGAAAAGCAGUGGAUCACCACUCUGAUGAGUCGAGGAGCUUGAAGGUGAAUAACAAACGAAGUGCAGAUCUAGAUGGGUCUAUGCUGGCCAAGAAAAUGAAGAUUGAAAGUUUUCUGUUUCCUGAUGAAUCUGAACACGGAAAUGGACGUCCUACCUCGAGUAGUGGUGUCCCUGCCGUGUCAGCAGAUAAAAAGCCUAAGCCCCGAGUCUCCUCUAUAAUGCCAAAAGAGGAAGGAGGAGCUUCAGACACGGGAAAUAGCAACAGCACAGGGGGCAGUAGAAAGAGGAAACUGAAAGAAAGCCAUGGUUCUCGGGUGUACAGUGAGAACAAGAAUCAUGAACGAAAGAAAGCUCGAGUUCUUAAUGAAGAAAAGGAGCCGGAGAAGUCGGAGAAGGAAAACAGAAGUCAUUCGAAAAGAGAGCAUGGAAAUGUUCAGAACUUUAUUGCGGCCACCUCAAGUUCUUCUAAGAUUUCUGAUUCUCAUAAACCCAGAAACAGCUCCCACGAAGCUAAAUGUUCGCCUGUUGAAUCCGUGUCUUCCUCACCUAUGAGGAUUUCCAACCCAGAGAAAAGUGUAUCUGCUAGAAAGAAGAAAGAAGAAUCUUAUGAUGGCAACGUCUUUGCAGCAGGUAGUUUGAGAAGAUUCUCAGAUGGUGAAGGUGAAGAUGAUGGUGGGAGUGAUAGAUCGCAAACGCGAGCAAAGGACAAACAUGGAUCCCAUGAGUCUUCUGUGCUUGAUGUUUGUGAUAAUAAAAGAUCUUUGAAAGGCAAAGAACGCGCUGAACCUUCUCUCGAUGCCAAUUUUGAGAAUGGUGGCCACAAUGAUUUACCACGAAAACUGAAUCAUAUUCAUGGUGAAGGAAAACAGUCUAGCGAUCAUCACCGACGUAGCAAUGAGUCGCUGGCGAAGAAGUCAGGAAAAAGUUCAUCUUCUCGGUCCAAAGACAAGAGCCAAAGCAUUAGGCCUGAUUCACGGGAGGGUCCGAGACAUAAUGAAAAGAAGAUAUACGACGGUAGUCCAGACAGUAGAGUGGAUUUGGUCGUGAGACCAAACAUUCCAAAGCCUUAUGACGUCGAAAGAAUAUCAGAAAGGAGUAGUAGAGCAGAUUUAGCUUCUCCAUCACGGCCACCAUCUAGAGGUGUCCAAGGGGAUUCCUCUAUACUUUCUUCCCGUAAGAAAGUCGAUAAAUGCGGCACGUCAGCUGGGAAUAGUAUUCAAGCUGAUGAUGUGACGAAGGCAACAGGCCAAAUAAGAAGAAAAAACGAGCCUUCUCCAAGCCCCUUGCGAAAGGAAGUAACAUCCGCGCAGGCGGCCCUGAUGUUAAAAGAAGCUAAGGACUUGAAACAUACAGCUGACCGUCUCAAGGAUUCUGUAUCAAACAUUGAGUUCAUUGAGCUUUACUUCCAGGCUUGCCUCAAGUUUCUUCAUGGUGCGUUUCUCUUGGAGAUGAGCAGCAACGAGAGUGCUAGACAAGGAGAGACAAUGCUCCAAUCUAUGAAGAUUUAUAGUAGCACAGCAUUACUUUGCGGAUUUUGUGCCCGUGAGUAUGAGAAGUCAAAAGAUGUGGGAGCUGCUGCUCUGGCUUACAAAUGCAUGGAGGCCGCGUUUAUGAGAGUGGUUAAUUCCUCUUACACCAGUGCAAACAGAUAUCGAAAUGAAUUGCAGACUUCUUUGCAAAUGGUUCCUCAAGGCGAGUCUCCUUCCUCUUCUGCCUCGGAUGUUGAUAACGUGAACCAUCUAGCAGCAGCGGCAGACAAAGUUGGCAUCUCAAGAGGCAUCAAUUCUCCUUUAGUUGCUGGGAACCAAGUCAUUUCUGCGCAAAACCGCUCUAAUUUAUUACGUCUACUUCAAUUUGCUCAGGACGUAAAUCAGGCAAUGGAUGCCUCAAGGAAAUCACGUGUGGCAUUGGCAGCUUUUACUGAGAACUUGGGGGAGGCCCAACAAGAAGGAGAGGGUAUUCUAUCCAUUAAAAGUGCCCUUGAUUUCAACUUCCAAGAUAUAGAGGGGCUGAGCAACCAAGGUGUAACUUCUGGUUCUGGAUUUUCCUAUACAGAGAAAGAUCCUUCUCCCAGUAUCAGAUUCUAA